GCGCGCGCCUGCUCGAGCAUGGCUUCCCCACGGUUAACCGUUGCAGAAGUGAGCGAAUCCCUGCAGCACUUCGGGAUCGUCGACUAUAUUGUGUUCAUGUGCAGUUUGCUGAUAUGCGUUGUGAUUGGACUGUACUUCGGUUGGAAGGAUUGGCAGGCGCAACGGAACCGGAAACGCAAUGCCAUCCGGCGAGGAUCGGAAGCCUUGAACUAUCUCGUCGGGGGACGAAAGAUGAAAAUCUUCCCCGUCGCGAUGUCUCUCAUCGCGAGCUUCAUUUCCGGUAUCGCGAUCAUGGGUGCAUCCACCGAGACGUACCUGUAUGGGACCCAGUUCUGCUACAUCUUCACCGCCAUCAUAGCGAUGGCGUUCAGCAUGAACUACAUAUUUCUGCCCGUAUACCAGGGCCUGGAGAUCACAUCGGCCUACGGGUAUCUUCAGCUGCGGUUCGAUCGCCGUCUUCGAUUGUUGGGCUCAGGACUCUUCACGCUGGCUACGCUACUUCAUCUACCGAUCGUUAUCUACGUACCGGCGCUGGCGUUCAACCAAGUGUCCGGUAUCAACGUGCACAUUGUGUCCACGAGCGUUUGCCUGGUGUGCAUAUUCUAUACGCUAGUGGGCGGCAUAAAGGCGGUCGUUUGGACGGAUGUGAUCCAAAUGUUUAUCAUGAUCGGUGCGUUGAUCCUGAUCGUCAUCAAGGGUACGGCUGAUAUCGGUGGAUUGGGGGUGCUGAUUGAGCGGAAUAUGGCCAGUGGCAGGAUUGAGGGUCCCAAUUUCAGCAUCGAUCCCACCGAACGGCACACGAUCUGGGCUAUCUUUUUUGGUGGCGGAUGUUUCUGGAUCAGCAAGAACGCCAUCCAUCAGAUGAUGAUCCAGCGGUAUCUGGCGUUGCCCAGCUUUCGCGAUGCCCAGAAGGCUCUGAUUUGCUUCACGAUAGGCAUCAUCCUGCUCCUGAUGACGUGCUUCUACAAUGGUCUACUGAUCUACGCAACGUUCUACGACUGUGAUCCACUGACAACGGGGUUGGCGAAAGCGAAAGAUCAACUGCUGCCCGUGCUGCUGAUGAAGGUCCUAGGGAACUAUCCUGGGCUGGCCGGUUUAUUCAUUUCCGGCAUAUUUAGCGCCUCGCUAAGCUCACUCUCGACUGGUCUGAACUCACUGUCGGCGAUCGUGCUGGAGGACUUUGUGAAGCCCUUUACCCGUCAAUCACUCGGCGAACGGUCGACGCGCUACAUCAUGCGUGGAACGGUGCUCGGAUUCGGCAUUGUGGCCGUCGUGUUGGUACUGGUGGUGGAGAGACUCGGUACCGUGCUGCAGCUGUCGAUGAGUCUCAUACCGAUUUCCCUGGGCCCCUUGCUGGGUCUUUUCCUGAUGGGCAUGCUAAUACCUUGGGUUGAUUCAGUUAGUGCCUUCGGUGGAGCAGUCAGUGGAUUGCUCACGAUGGCGUACAUCGUCAUUCGGGCUCAGCUAGCUAUCGCUGCCAAAGAGAUGACCUUCCCGACGAAACCCGUCUCGGUAGCCGGUUGCGAGUACGAUUUUGAACUUCCUCCCGGAUACAACGCCACGGUUGGGUUGUCCUCCGUUCACGGCACGACGAAUGCCAAAUCGUUGCACCACGUUUCGUUUCUGUUUUACACCUUCAUCGGGGCAGUUGUAACACUCACGAUCGGAACCGCCACUGCCUCCGUCUUGCGUGGUCAGCAAUCGAACAAAGUCGAUCCACUGCUACUGGCACCGUUCGUUCGGCGUGCAUACUUUCCCGAGAGUGUCCCAACCACCCGUGCAGCUCCCUUGCACAAAUUCAAUAAAGAAGACACUCAACUCUAG